GGAGCUGUAAAGCACGCCGGUUAUUCUCUCCAAAGACGCUCUGUAUCUCUUACGGUUUAUUUUUCUCUAUGGCAAACACAUUCAGACAUUAGUCAGUAUGGGACUCUAAACAGUCAUACUCACCUGGUGGAUUUCUGCGCUUAUAAAAGAUCGUAAAAUUGUCAGAAUGGGAUUUUAGUGUCCUAAUGAUGCAGCUGCCAAUAUGACACGUUCCGUGGAUUCUCCCCGCAGGCGAAGAUCCGGAGAAUGAUGGACGAGAACAAGCAGCUCGCGCAGCGGAUCGAUGGAGCGAUCCAGUGUGCGAGUCAGGAGGUGGCGAACCUGCGCGCGGAGCUGACUGUCACCGGUCACAGACCGGCGGAACUUGACGAGCUGGAAGAACCAGGAGAACCGCAGGAACCUCAUCAUCAUCAUCAUCAUCAUCAUGCAGCAGCAGCAGCAGCAACAACAACAGAACCACCACGAUACACCAGUGCAAAGGCAGAAAGCUUUGAUUGAGCUUAGUCAAAGAAGUGACCUUGUUAACCAAGAUACAUCAUUUGAUAAAGUGCUGUUGCACGAGGAGGUGGUGCAUUUGCAGGAAGAAGUGUCUGUGUUAAAGCAGGUGAGGGAGAUGUUGAACCGUGAGCUGGAGGAGACGGGAGGAGGCUGCUCUGUGGAGCUGCUGUCUGUCUCACAGCUGCAAGUGCAGCUGACACAGAAAGAGCAGGAGCUGGACAGAGCCAAGGAGUCAUUACAAGCAAUGAAGGCAGACCGGAAGCGUUUGAGGUUAGAGAGGACUGAUCUUGUGAAUCAAAUGCAGCAGCUGUAUACAACACUAGAGAGCCGUGAGGAGCAGCUACGAGACUUCAUUCGCAACUAUGAACAACACCGAAAAGAGAGUGAGGAUGCGGUGAGAGUCUUAGCCAGAGAAAAGGAUCUUUUAGAGCGGGAAAAAUGGGAUUUACGUCGGCAAACCAAAGAGGCCACUGAACACGCCGGUGCGCUCCGUUCUGCACUGGACCUGAAAGAGAACAGGAUAAAGGAGCUGGAGGCUGAACUAGCUAUGAUGAGUAACUUUAUGGCUCAGAAACUAGAGAGCCGUGUUUUCGUUCGCUCUCCAGAAAGACCUGCCUCUCCUAAAAACAUGUCGGCAAAACAGUCUUUGGCUACGCUCACUAAGGAUGUUCCUAAGCGACAUUCGUUGGCCAUGCCUACAGAGACUGUCGUCAACGGCAACCAAGAGUGGGCGAUGCAUGCAGAGCUUCCUCUGACUGCAGCGAUACGACAGAGUCAACAAAACCUUUACCACUCAAUGGACAGACAGGUGUUGAAAGCAUCGCCGUGUGUGUGUGAUGCUGAUAGUGUCAGUAUAAUGUCAUCAGCUGCAGCCAGGAUCAGUCCUUGUCACUCCAAACAAGCAUCGGUCAUCUCAGAUGCCUCUGUAAUGGAGGGAGAGAGGUCAUCAACACCAUCAGAUUCACCACGACAUAGAACACACUCUCUCUGCAAUUCUCUGGAGGAUCUCGAGGAGCAGAGACGCAGGAAGAAGAAGGAGAGGAUGGGACUGGGCUCUCUGUCGCGGGUGUUCGGUCGAGGAAAGCAAAGGAAGUCCAUGGACCCCACUCUGUUUGAUGACUCAGACAGUUUAUCAAGCCCCGCCCGCCUCAGUGUGAGUCUCUCAGAAUGCGAGGAAAAGCUGGAUCGGCUGCAGCAGGUGGAGCUCGUGCGGACAGUGCCCAUGUCCCGCUGGCGUGCUGGAACCGUGCAGGCGUGGCUGGAGGUGAUCAUGACAAUGCCAAUGUACAUCCGGGCCUGUGCAGAUAACGUUAAGAGUGGCAAGGUCUUGUUAGUUCUUACUGAUGAGGACCUGGAGUGUGUUCUGGGUGUCAGUAAUUCAAUGCACCGCAGGAAACUCCGUCUGGCUAUCGAGGACUACAGGAAUGCAGAAUCAGGACAUGGGCUUUCUAAAGCAGCCGACAUGGAUCAUCACUGGGUUGCUCAGGCGUGGCUGACUGAUGUGGGUCUCCCUCAAUACUCUCAGUUUUUUCACAAUCACCUGGUGGAUGGACGUCUCCUGAGUACACUUACACAUACUGACUUAGAAAAACAUCUGCAUGUGUCUAAAAAAGCCCAUCAGAACAGUCUGCUGCUGGGAAUAGAGCUGCUACACUCUCUCAACUUUGACAAAGAGAUUCUGCAAUCCAGACGAGCAGAGUGUGAAAAUCAAAACAUAUUUCCAGUGGUGUGGACUUGUCAUCGCAUCAUUAAAUGGAUUAAAGAGAUUGAUUUGAAGGAGUUUGCUGACCAUCUUCAAAAUAGUGGGGUUCAUGGUGCCGUCAUGGUGUUGGAUCCCUUGUUCAACUCUGAUACCAUGGCAACGGCUUUAUGUAUUUCAAGCAACAAGCACAUGGUGCGCCAUCACCUGAAUGAAGAGAUGAAGGUCCUUGUCAGUGCAUCCAGGGCAGGACUUGACCAGGAAGUUGAACCUUUGGGAACUCCACCGACACUACACCGGCGGAGUUCUCUCAGAAGCUCAUCACCCAGUUGCCAUGAUGAUCAACAGUCUUUAAGGAGGGUGAAGCAGCAGCUUGGUCUAAGCCCAAAGAAUUUCCCUGGAUGGAAGAACAGUCACCUGAACAGGUCUGGGUCAUUUCCAAGGAAUGGACUUCAGGAGGUCUCACAGCAAAGAGAGUGCUGCCCAGUUCGACAUUUUUCUGCUACUGAGCUCACCAAUGUCUGAGCCCUUCUGUCAAGAACAAUGUUGAAAAACAGGACUCUUACUUAUUGCUCACAAAUGGGAAGAUGUUGUUUUAUUUUUUGAUGAAAGUUCAUAUUUUCAGAAAACAAGCUUGGACUCUCUGUUUGCCUGUGAAGAUCUUGGCAACAUGUUAUAAGCCUUAUGUCAUUGUUAGUAUAGACUUAUUUGUAUCAAAGUGAGAGUGUUAAUAUCACAUUUGAAAUAGCAAAUAAACAAAGUAUUCAUUUAUCGGUUUAGAUCUCCACAAUGAAAAUUGUUUAUAUGUUGGAACUUUAAUGUGUUUGUUUUAGAAAAUAAACUGUGAGAACAUUAGAUUUACAACUACAUAAAUACUGUACAUUGUAAUGUAUUAUGUAGGUGAAUACAUAUGAAUUUUGUAAAUUUACAUUAAUGAAGUUCAUGUCAACCUAAUACCAGGUUUAGAGAUGAAUUAGUCCUGUGAUCUUAAAAUGAUGCAGAGUAAAUAGCAUGAGUUGUUUCUUCAAGUAUCAUUUAACAAAUAUUUUAUCCAAAGCAGUAUAAAGUACAUUACACUCACUAUACUGUAACUGUAAGGUGCUUUGUGACCAACCAAGGGAUAAUUGCUUUUGUACAUGAACAUGGUGAUAAUAUGUUUUUUUACCCAAUCACAUUGCAUGUUUUGUAUAAUAUACAUUUUCUUUAAAUUUGACUAUAGCCCUACCUGCUACUUUUAGGGGCCCAGCUGUAAAUCACAAAACCUAAUAUCAUGUAUACUUUUCUAGUAUGCAACAACCAAUCCCAUGGUCAUGUACAUUAGUAAGUUGUAUCUUGUUCAUUUGUUGAGUUAGUGAGAAGGAUUUGUUGAAAGUGAAGGUCAAAGCAAAACAAAUCUUUCAGGUGAUGCUUUUGAUCAUCCAUUUGCUGUAAGUUGUUGUUAAGUCUUUGUUCUGAUUCCACAUAUUUCUACAGCAAUUUAUUACAGGUCAUAUGUGCAAUUCCCCACACAGGAUUAAUAAAGUACUUUAUCAU